UAUAUCUGUCUCUCUUACUCCAAUGUAAAUUUCCCCUUCUGGAAAUUUUUACCGAAGGUGUAAACGUACCUUAAGGUGCAAUCUUAAAAAUCGAUCUUUCAGAUCGAAAAUAUCGAUACUUGCCAAGUAAAAAAAAAACUAUAUGUAAUAAACAGGAUAAACAGCAAAUAAUAGAAUUCUGUCAAGAGAAAUUUCUUGUACAUGUGAUUCACAAGAGGGGAAACGGAGUCAAGAUAAUGGCGAAAUGCAGUUUAAUCCAAAGAGCUCUACAAGAGAAGAUUGUUGCUGUUCCACAUUAUUAGACUAAAAUUUCUCAGAAACAUUGCUUUCAAUCACCCUUUCAAAAUUUUAUAUCAUUUUAUUUCUAAUUUAUUCAAGAUUCUAUGAGAAUACCUCUUUAUAUGUAAAAUUCUACGUGAUGAAAUAUAUAGUUAUUAUUUAAUCAAAGCAGGUUAUCUUUUAAUCGAAAUAUUCUGAAAUAAAGAAAAAAAAUGUCUUUCUUCGUAAAUGAAUGUUCAUGAAAAAAAAAUGUUAAAGUAUUAUUGUUGAGCGGAAUUUUUUUUUUCACUUUGAGAUUUUAUUUUUUUCCGGUUCUAGAAAGCGAGAAAAGUAUUUUUAAAUAAACUCGAGUUUAGAAUAAUAGUGAUUUGAGGAAAAUUUGUCUUGUAUUAAAAAUAUUAAAACUAAAUAGGAAUGUAAAAUAAAGUAAAGUUGAGAACCAUGGGACCCCUCGAGUGAAGGGGGACUCAUCUGGAGGCUGGUCAAAGAAAGAAGGUAGUAUCUCAAUCAGGCAUGGACUGAGCACAGGUUGGGGUGUUCUGGACCCCUGGAUGGCGGUUAGUGUUUGUAGCUCUCUAUACAAGCUAAACUUGUGACUGCAGUGGUAGACCAUUACAUAUACAUAUUUUUAUAAAAAUCGCGCUUUUAUUUAUAUUUUUUCUUCCAAAUAAUUUAAGCACCUUUUUUUAAAUAAUAAUUUUUUCUAUACUUGCAUUAUAAAAUAACGUAAACUUCAUUUUAUGAAUAUACAUAUUUAUAUUCUUUCUUAAAAGUAGACUUUGUGCAUUUGUGUGCGCUUGUGCGUGAAAAAAUAUAUUUCACACCAUAUUAUGACAUACGAUUAUUGCUACUGAACAAUAUGACAAAAAAGGAUUUAAUAGAAUAAAUUAAGGAUAAUGACUUUGAAUAUUGCGUGGCUGGACAUUGUCCUAAUUGCACUUGUUAUCUCGAUGUCUACUUUAACAAAAUGUUCAAAUUCGUUAGCAACAAAUAAUUCAAUGAGGUGUGAAGAUGCAAGAAUGCGAUGCGCCUAUAGAACAGGAUGUGGAAUGGCUUUACAACAGUACCUUACACGUUGCACAUCAGUCCUCCAUGGAGAUAUCAACAAAUGUCCCGAGUCCUGUCAACAUGCUCUUAUUGCCCUUACAAGUACGGACGAGGGAAAAGAACUGAUGAGGUGUGAUUGCACUCAAGAAGAUCAUCUUUGCUUGCAAUCAAAACAAAAAGUAGAAGUCUGUCGAUCGUCAGUCAUAGCGGCAAUGAACAGAACAAGAGUGUCCUGCAGAAUAGCAACAUGGAUAUGUAAUGCCGAUGCUAUAUGCUACACAGCAUUGGCAUAUUAUAACGGAUAUUGUAAAAGUAUGUUUCACGGUAAAAAGUGCACUCACCGAUGCCGAAAUUCCAUAAAUAUUUUGAGACGGCAAGAAAAAGCUGACAAAUUGAAUACAUGUUUUUGUGAUGGCGCUGAAGAUUAUGACUGUAAAUCUAUCCAUCGUAACAUGAAUUCAUUGUGUUAUAAAAAAAACCAUCAUAUUUAUCAGGAUGAAAAAAAAUCAAACGAGGACACUAGUAUGAAUAUUCUUAAUAAAAGUUCAAAUGCUGUUAGUAUUAAAAACGCAUUUGUGAUAAAUAGGAUAACACUAUUCACAUCCAUGAUUCUACUUUUUUCAAAAAUAUAAGACUGACUUGGUAAUAUAUGGAAAUCAUA